AUGCGGUCUCUCGAUGCGCCUCUCGUUGAAGUGACUGUUGAUUCACUGGAGCGACACGAUGUUACCGGUAUCCCGAGCAAUAGCAAUAAUGGUGGCAACCACCACCAUGUUGGUCUUGGAGAGACAAAGCAUUUGAUGGAGCGGCUGAACACUGCGCAAGUGAAAGUGAAGAGACUGCAACGUCUCGAAGCCGCACUUGUGGACUUUUUCAUGGAGAUCAUGGAUCGAAGCGAGAACAAUGCGAAUGAUAAAGCUAUGCGCUUCAACGACAGCGAGUCCUCUUUUGCACGAGGCAAGCGCAAAGAGCAGUUCCUCAAGAAGGCCGAGGGUGACCCCAUUUCGUUGCUGAACGCGUUGCGAACGCACUUACGUUUGCGGUUUGCAGAACAGGAGGCCCAGCAAGCUGCGACCACGCGUCGGGUUCACGCAGAAGACCUGGCCAACCAGCAGAAGGAACAGAAUGCUCGAGAUAAGCUUCAGCAGCUUGAACUCACGUGCCAACAACUGAAAGAACAGCAGAAUUCUCUGAUCCAACAGCUGAACCAACACGAAGUUGAUCAAACACGAACGCGACGCCAGCACCAAAUGAUACUUGAAAAACUGAACGCUCAAGUUCAGGAGGGACGAUCACGAGAACAGGCAGCAAAGUUGCUCGUGGCCAAACAACAGCAAGAGAUCGCAACACUCAAAGAGGCUCGAGAAGCCCUGAUCAUCCAAAAGACUCUUGAAGGUACCCGAACAACGACGGAUGCGAACAGUAGCAAUUCAGCUACAACGGCAGCACCAGCAGGCUUCGGGACGUCGCCAUCUCACACGAAAGGGGAUUUUUUCGGGACGCCGGCAGAAAAUCAAACGCUUCGACGUGCGCUUCGCAAGUAUGAAGUCAAAAUGGCGCAGACGGAGGCAACGAACGAAGAGCGCAAGCGCGAAGUGCAGCGGUUGCAGCAGCAGCUCACAGGCUUGCGUCAAAGCACACAGUUGCAAACGUACUCGCGACUCGAAAAGGAAACGCGUCACUUGCGCGAACUGGCGGACGAUCUCAAGAAGCGACUAGCGGAGAGUGAGGCUGACGCGUUGAGAACGAAAGGAGCUUUUAAAGAGCGCGAGAUCCAAGUGCAGAAGAUGAAGGACGAGUACGCACGGCUGUUUAAUGCUCUUCAAAAGCAAAAACAGCCAGCGCAUUACUCUCCACCCAAGCUCACACGAAGUGCGAGCUCAGCACAACUCUCGGCAGCACAGCAAAACCAUUCUCCACGGCUACCGCCACGGUUACCUGCUGGAAUUACCGAAGCGGUUGACAAUGCUGUGUCAGCGACACCAGCACACGGUGAACACCCGUACGUUGUAGAGUAUUACCGCUCCGAAGCUGCACGCGUGGAGCGCGAGUCUGAAGCGCUGAAAUUACGGAUUCGACACAUGAUGGCAUCCGAGCAACUGCACAAGCAGAAAACGCGGGUCUUGCGGACGGAAAAGCAGAAUCUCAUGCGGGAGCGCGAUCAGCUGCGUGCUGACUUGGACCGAGCGAAGAAGCACAACACGCUGCAGAGUAUUGCGAUGAAUAGACAACGACCACAUUCCUCGGCCGAGACUCGGAAAGUAGCGUUUACCACUGCACCACAAGAGAUGAAAAAGCUGCAGGACCGCAACGCUUUUCUCGAGGAACGCUUUCGCAAGUCACUCCAGAGCAACGCAGCACUUACCACAAUCGGCGUUGUAGCCCGGUUACGGAACUCCAUAUCAGUUCCGUGCGAGUUAGAAGAUCCGGGCCCUUUAGCGAUUCCAGAGAACGAAAACGACGCUGGUGUUGCUGAUGCUGCUUUAGACGAAGCACAGAUCACGAGACAUAAUCCAGCAUCUAAAAUCCGUCCCGCGUCAGCUCAAGCCACCACCGUCAAUAAAAACAGUGGGGGUUCGUUCCGGUCAUUGGAUGCUGCAACACUGCGGUCACUGCAACGUGUGACGCGGGCUACUCGAGUACGUCCUCAAUCCGCCAAUUCAAUCAAAAUCAAGUAA